UCCUGUCAAUCUAACAAAAGGCUAAAGCCUGACAGGGCUGCUCUCCAGCUGUUGGCAGGACUUGUUCCUUCUGGAGGCCUCAGGGGAGACUGUUACCUCACCUUCUCCAGCCUGAAAGGCUGCCCACAUUCCUUGGUUCCUGGCCCCACUUCCCUCUUUGAAACCAGAGCAGUAGCACCUUCUCUGGGAGUCCGCUUCCCUCUGCUUCCCGGUCACACGGCCUCCUCUGUUGGCAGAUCAUCCUCCGUCUCUGUCUUCCGAGGGUCCUCAUGAUUAUGUUCACUUCCCCACUUGCCAGUUACUCUCUCCACUCAGGACCCUUCACUCAACCCCACCUGCAAGGCCCCUUUUAUCCUGUAUAGGAAAGGAUCCACAUCCUUGGGGAUUAGGCUGUGGAUCUCCUUGGGCUUUUCUUUAGGCUGCCACCCUGGGUCUGCUCUGCCUGCUGGGCUUCCUGGACUCUUUUUUUGUUCUGCGCAUGCGUGCAGACCUGAGCUCUGUCAGCUCCUUGGUCCUUUCUGCUACUUGUGUUCCUGCCCCUACGGGUCUGGCUUCCUGGUCCCAGGGACUCUGGGAGAGUCUGCUUCAGGCUCAGGAUUCAGCAGGAGCCAGAGCUUCAGUCCGUGCUUAUGAGAAGGGGGUGAGAGCCACCCCCCAUCCCAGGAGGGAGGAUGGGAACAGGAGGAGCCUGUGGCUGGGAUUUGGCUGCUGAGUGGGUACAGUCUUUCUCUUAGGAGCAUGUCUUGGGCUGGGGCUCAGGGCAGUGUCCCAUCCCUGAGGCCUUUUGCAGCAUCUGCUCAAGACUCUAGAGUUACAGAGAGAGCUGGAACCCCAGCUAGGACCCAGAGAAGGAGGCCUAUCCUUGCCUACCCCACACACUGGUUCCCAGGUGGGCAGGAAGACAGGGCAUUGCCCCCACACUGGCUUAAGCCCUGGGCCCGCGUGCCAGCUGGAUGCCCGGCUGUGAUAGCCACCCAAAAGCAGGGGGUGGGGGUGGGGUUAGGCAGGUGUCCAUCCCUGCCUCCUCCCAACAGAAGUUCUAUGUUUUCAUUCAUUAAUUCAUCCAGCCAUCAUUCAGAAACACUGUCUGUGCCUGCCCAGAGCUGAGUGCCAGAGACUCAUGGACCCAGCAAAUAUCAAUCAUCUAUGUUGUUCUGGGCAGUAUGCUGGACCCUGGGUAUACAGACCAAAGACUCUUGCCAUUAAGAAGCAGACGUUCCAAAAAAAAAAAAGAAGAAGCAGACGUUCCAGGGGCGCCUGGGUGGCUCAGCUGGUUGUCUCACUUUGGCUCAGGUCAUGAUCUCAGGGUCCUGGAAUGAAGCCCUGCAUUGGGCUCUCUGCUCAGUAGGGAGUCUGCUUCUCCCUCUCCCUCUGCCUCUCUCCCUGCUUGUGCUCUCUCUCUCUCUUUCUCUCUCUCUCAAAUAAAUACAUUAAAAUCUUAAAAAAAAGAAGCAGCAGAUAUUCCAUCAGGGGAAUAAGACAAUAUACAAUAAACCAUGGAAAAUCAAUGAUAUGAUGUGUUAACAGGUAAAAAGUUAUGACAACGAAAAGCAGCAAAUAAAGGGGCCGAGAAGUGCCAGAUCUCAGGGAAGGCCUCCAGAGGGUCAUGUGUGAGCCAAGAUACAAAGGAAGCAAUGGAGGGGCCAAUCAAAUAUCUAGGAAAAGAGUUUCCAGGCAGAACAAACAGUAAGUCCAAAGGUCCUGGGGCAGGAGACUGUAUGGGAGUUUUCGAGCCCCAGCAAGGAGGCCACUGUGACUGGAGAUUGGUCAGGGAAGCAAUGGGAAGCCAGAUCCCAUAGGACCUUGUUGGCCAUGAUGUGGACUGUCUCUUGGAUUCCAGAAAGGGCUGGGAAGGAGUCUGAGCCAAAUAAGGGACUAGUGUGACUUGGGGGCCAAAUGUGAACAGGCUAUGGGGUGUGAAUGCGGAAGCAGGGCAAUCUGUGAGGUUGCGGUGACUGCACUGGUCUAGGCGAGAGAUGAUGGUAGCUCAUGCCAGCCCAGUGAAUGUGAAGGUGGUGGGCAAUGGGCAGAUUCUGAAGCUGGAGCCAAUGGGACUUGCCAGGGGCCCGGGUCACCCUGAGGCUUUGGGCCAGAGUCAUCCGUCAGGAUUAGCUGGGUCAGAGGGAGCAUGAUAGGAGCCGUCCCAGCUGGCCUGGCCAUGGAGCAGGUGCUGUGACAGGACCCUGGGCACACUGGGGAUGCAGAAGAGGAGGCCCUGCCCCUGGAGGAAGUGGCAGGCUGCAGUGGAAGCAGGUGUAGCCAAGGCGAGGCCCAUGCUGCCGAACCCCCAGGCAUGCCAGCCCCCAGAAGCUCUGGGGACAGGCUGAGGGAGCUGAAAAGGGUAGGUAUGGGUGCCUCUGGCCCAAGAGAGCUCCCUUUGGGGCAGGGGCCACGGGCUGAGGUAUGAGGGGGCCAGCCCUCUCGGGACAGGGAGCACCCUGGCAGAGGUGUCAGCGUGCCCAGGCCACAUCUGCCACCACCCCCAAUCCCAGUCUCCCACUGACCUGAGACGGGGCUCUGGGCCUCUGCUUCUCCCCAGACUUUCCCUGACCACGGGUGUGAGCCCCACUGGGGCUGUGGGGAAUUAUUAGGCUGGGGUGGGGGUGGAGGGAAUGGAAAGAGGAAGUACUGAAGGGGCUGUUUGCCAUCUGCCUAUGCAAAUGGUCUCUGAGUCAGCGCACCCCCCCAACCCUUUCUCUCUGGGCCUGGUGGGGGCGAGGGAGGGGGCUGCUGGUUUUUUUCUUAAUUCUCACUUCCUCUGUUCUCUGAGCUGAUGAGGGAAGGGGCUGUGAGUGCCAAGCAUCCUUUCCUGCAGCUGCUGCCUAGUCUGCAGGCCAGACCUUCUGGAGAAGCCCCCACUCCCUGUCAUGGGCCCCUACUUUGGUGCCCUGCACCCCCUGUCUCUCCUGGUGCAGGCUGCCAUGCUGGCCAUGGUCCUGGCCCCAGGUGCCCUGCCUCCCUUCCUGCCCUGUGAGCUCCAGCCCCACGGCCUGGUGGAUUGUAAAUGGCUCUUCCUCAAGUCUGUGCCCCGCUUCUCGGCGACCGCGCCCUGUGGGAACAUCACCAGCCUCUGGCUGCACUCCAACCGCAUCCACCACCUCCACGACUCCGACUUUGUCCAGCUGUCCGGCCUGCGGCGUCUCAACCUGAAGUGGAACUGCCCCCCGGCCGGCCUCAGCCCCAUGCACUUCCCCUGCCACAUGACCAUCGAGCCCAACACCUUCCUGGCCGUGCCCACCCUGGAGGAACUGAACCUCAGUUACAACGGCAUUAGCACCGUGCCCGCCCUGCCCAGCUCCCUCACGUCCCUGGUCCUGAGCCGCACCAACAUCCUGACACUGGACCCCGCCAGCCUCGCGGGCCUGCAUGCCCUGCGCCACCUCUACUUGGACGGCAACUGCUACUACAAGAACCCCUGCCAGGAGGCCUUGCAGGUGGCCCCAGGCGCCCUCCUCGGCCUGAGCAACCUCACACACCUAUCGCUCAAGUACAACAACCUGACUGUGGUGCCUCGCCACCUGCCCCCCAGCCUGGAGUCCCUGCUCCUGUCCUACAACCACAUCGUCACCCUGGUCCCCGAUGACCUGGCCAAUCUAACCGCCCUGCGCGUGCUGGACAUAGGCGGGAACUGUCGCCGCUGCGACCAUGCCCGCAAUCCCUGCAGGGAGUGCCCCAGGGGGUUCCCCAAGCUGCACCGCGAUACCUUCCGCCAUCUGAGCCACCUCGAAGGCCUGGUGUUGAAGGACAGCUCCCUCCACAGCCUGGACCCCAGGUGGUUCCGUGGCCUGGGCAACCUCCUGACAUUGGACCUGAGCGAGAACUUCCUGUACGACUGCAUCACCAAGACCAAGGCCUUCCACAGCCUGGGCCGGCUGCGCAAACUCAACCUGUCCUUCAACUACCACAAGAAGGUGUCCUUUGCCCAACUGCCCCUGGCGCCCUCCUUCGGGAGCCUGCGGUCCCUGUGGAAGCUGGACAUGCAUGGCAUCUUCUUCCGCUCGCUCAGCGAGACCACGCUCCGGCCGCUGGCCCACCUGCAGGUGCUCCAGCACCUGCGCCUACAGCUCAACUUCAUCAGCCAGGCCCAGCUCAGCAUCUUUGGGGCCUUCCCAGGCCUGCGCUACGUGGACCUGUCUGACAACCGCAUCAGUGGGGCCGCGGAGCCACCGGCGGCUGCGGGGCAGGUGGGCGGGGUGGAGCGAGGCCGGCGGCUGCCAGGGGACCUGGCUCCGGGUCCGCGGGGCCCACGGGGCCCCCCGAGCUCUGAGGACUUCAUGCUGAGCUGCAAGCGGCUCCCCUUUACCUUGGACCUGUCACGGAACAAUGUGGUCACAGUCCAGUCGGAGAUGUUCACCCAGCUCUCACGCCUGCAGUGCCUGUGCCUGAGUCACAACAGCAUCUCACAGGCGGUCAAUGGCUCCCAGUUCACGCCGCUCACCAGCCUGCGAGUGCUGGACUUGUCCCAUAACAAGCUGGACCUGUACCACGGCGGCUCCUUCACGGAGCUGCCGCAGCUCGAGGCCCUGGACCUCAGCUACAACAGCCAGCCCUUCAGCAUGCGCGGCGUGGGCCACAACCUCAGCUUCGUGGCACAGCUGCCGGCCCUGCGCUACCUCAGCCUGGCGCACAAUGACAUCCACAGCCGCGUGUCCCAGCAGCUGCGUAGUGCCUCGCUGAAGGCCCUGGACUUCAGCGGCAACGCCCUGAGCCAGAUGUGGGCUGAGGGGGACCUCUACCUCCGCUUCUUCCAAGGCCUGAGGAACCUGGUCCGGCUGGACCUGUCCCAGAAUCGCCUGCACAUCCUUCUACCCCGCAACCUGGCCCACCUGCCCAGAAGCCUGCAGCUGCUGCGUCUCCGCGACAAUUACCUGGCUUUCUUCAACUGGAGCAGCCUGGCCCUCCUCCCUAGGCUGGAAGCCCUGGACCUGGCGGGGAACCAGCUGAAGGCGCUGAGCAAUGGCACCUUGCCUAACGGCACCCUGCUGCAGAGGCUGGACCUCAGCGGCAACAGCAUUGGCUUCGUGGACCCCGGCUUCUUCGCCCUGGCCGAGAGGCUGCGAGAGAUCAACCUCAGCGCCAACGCCCUCAAGACGGUGGAGCCCUCCUGGUUUGGCCCUGUGGCCGGCGCCCUGAAAGUCCUGGACGUGACUGCCAACCCCUUGCACUGUGCCUGUGGGGCGGCCUUCGUGGACUUCUUGCUGGAGGUCCAGGCUGCCGUGCCUGGCCUGCCCAGCCAUGUGCGCUGUGGCAGCCCCAGCCAGCUGCAGGGCCGCAGCAUUUUCGCUCAGGACCUGCGCCUCUGCCUGGACGAGGCCCUCUCCUGGGACUGUUUCGGCCUCUCGCUGCUGACCGUAGCCCUGAGCCUGGCUGUGCCCAUGCUCCAUCACAUGUGUGGCUGGGACCUCUGGUACUGCUUCCACCUGGGCCUGGCCUGGCUGCCGCGGCGUGGGCGGCAGCGGGGCGCCGACGCUCUGCCCUAUGAUGCCUUCGUGGUGUUUGACAAGGCGCACAGCUCGGUGGCCGACUGGGUGUACAACGAGCUGCGGGUCCAGCUGGAGGAGCGCCGCGGGCGCCGGGCGCUGCGCCUGUGUCUGGAGGAGCGCGACUGGCUGCCUGGCAAGACGCUCUUCGAGAACUUGUGGACCUCGGUGUACAGCAGCCGCAAGACGCUCUUCGUUCUGGCCCACACGGACAGCGUCAGCGGCCUCUUGCGCGCCAGCUUCCUGCUGGCUCAGCAGCGCCUGCUGGAGGACCGCAAGGACGUCGUGGUGCUGGUGAUCCUGUGCCCCGAUGCCCACCGCUCCCGCUAUGUGCGGCUGCGCCAGCGCCUCUGCCGCCAGAGCGUCCUCCUCUGGCCCCAGCAACCUCGCGGCCAGCGCAGCUUCUGGGCCCAGCUGGGCACGGCCCUGACCAGGGACAACCGCCACUUCUAUAACCGGAACUUCUGCCUCGGCCCUACGACGGCCGAAUAGCCCGGGGACAGCCCAGCGUGCCACCCCACCUCCACCUGGCCUGUCUGCCCCACACCACUGCUCUGCCUCCCCCGCUCCCGUCCCUGGCAUACAGCAGGCGCUCAAUAAAUGCUACUGGUAGGCCA